ACUUAUGCGUUGGGUUUAAAAACGACGCCUCCGUCGCUGCACACCUGCACUUCUUUCUGUCCCUCUCGCUUUCAAAUCCCGCAGAGCGGAAAUCUCCUCCGCGGCUCUGACCUGUCCUCUUGUGGUCUUGGAGAAACGAGUUGAGGAAACCUAGAAAAUGGCACUUCCAAACCAGCAAACUGUCGAUUACCCAAGCUUCAAGCUUGUUAUCGUCGGUGAUGGUGGUACAGGGAAGACUACUUUCGUUAAGAGGCAUCUCACUGGGGAGUUCGAAAAGAAAUAUGAGCCAACCAUUGGUGUCGAAGUUCACCCCUUGGACUUCUUCACGAACUGUGGGAAGAUCAGAUUCUAUUGUUGGGAUACUGCUGGCCAAGAGAAGUUUGGUGGGCUGAGAGAUGGAUACUAUAUCCAUGGACAAUGUGCAAUCAUCAUGUUUGAUGUUACUGCUCGACUGACUUACAAGAAUGUUCCUACAUGGCAUCGGGAUCUUUGCCGUGUGUGUGAGAAUAUCCCAAUUGUUCUGUGUGGAAACAAGGUUGAUGUUAAGAACAGGCAGGUGAAGGCAAAGCAAGUCACAUUCCACAGGAAGAAGAAUCUUCAGUACUAUGAGAUCUCUGCUAAGAGCAACUAUAAUUUUGAGAAGCCUUUCCUAUAUCUAGCCAGGAAGCUUGCAGGGGAUCCUAAUCUCCACUUCGUUGAGUCUCCUGCUCUGGCCCCCCCUGAAGUGCAGCUUGACUUGGCUGCACAGCAACAGCACGAAGCUGAGCUUGCUGCUGCCGCUGCUCAACCUCUUCCUGACGACGAUGAUGAUGCCUUUGAGUAGAAUGAUUAGAACUAUGGAGAAAGGUUUCCAGUAUUCUCAUAUUUUUCUUAGCCUUGGCAUUCCCUUAUUAUAUGGAUUAUUGUAUUUGACGCCAAAAUUUUCUGGAAAUAUAUUAAGGAUCUGAUUAUCAGGAUUUUCCUUUUUCAAA